AUGAGAUUUGAAGAAGACUUUCUGAGACAGACUGUGAAUGGCAUAAAGGCUGCAGAGACAUACUUUAGUGAUAGGGUGGCUGGGAGGUCGGUGCCUUGGUCAGUUCAUCUAAAGUCAGGUACCAUCACAUCAGCCGAGAAUGAAUUGAUUGAGCGAUAUGACAAGAAGUCCGAAGCAGACAAGAGGGCAAUCUUUCAACAGGAUGGUGACAGACUAGCCCAGUUCUUUGUUGGCUUCUUGGGCAAGAUAACAGACUUGGACUGUAUUCAAUAUAUGUUAUAUCUAGUAAAUGAGAUCAUUCAUAUCGAACCUAAAGCAUUACAAUCAUUCGUUAAACUGUCCACUGGUGAACCAUCAUAUACAAGCACAAUAUUCUUUAGAUUGCUUGGUCGUGAGGACAACAAUGCUUAUGUGAAUCUAUUGGCUGGAAUGACAUUGGGCAGCAUCUUGUCAGCAUCGAACGCUUCGUCAAAAGACCUGGAACACUAUGUAAAUUGGUCACUGCCACUGCUUCGCAAGACAGAUGUUCGCGAGGUCGAAGUUGUAUUGGUCGCGCUACAAUCCUUCCUCUUGAGCGAUCAUAAUAGAGACACGUUCAGACGACUGCAAGGUACCGAACAGCUGGUAGAGAUCAUCACUGUUCAAUCGACUUCGACUACGCCCGUGCUCACAUUGCUCUAUGAAGUGCUGUACACAUUCUGGAUGAUCACAUACAAUCAAGCCGUGGCCAAUUGGACCAAUGGCAAGGACAUCAUAUCGAAGCUCGUACACAUUGUCAAGUCGAUCACCAAAGAGAAGAUCACAAGAUUGGCCAUCGCGGCACUACGCAAUCUGGUCAAUCAUGGCAACAACAAUGAGGAGAUGAUUGAGUGUGGCAGCAUUCGCAUGUUGAACCACCUCUCCAGCAAGAAGUGGGGAGAUCAAGAUAUCGUUGAUGACAUCACCUACCUUUCAGAGGUCCUUUCACUUGAUGUCGCCAGGAUGAGUUCAUUCGAUAAAUACAAAGCGGAAGUGUUGGCAAGAGAGUUGGAAUGGUCACCUGUACACAAAUCAGAGAAGUUCUGGAAAGAGAAUGCCUUGCGAUUCGAAGAGCAGUCUCAUAGCGUACUCAAGUUCUUACAUCUCAUCCUUCAAAAGUCAGACAAUCCACUACACCUCUCUGUUGCCUGCUUUGACUUGGGAGAGUUUGUCCGUUUCCAUCCACGUGGAAAGCAGAUUGUCGAGGCAUUGGGCAUCAAGAAGGACAUUAUGGCAUUGAUGACCAAUCCAAAUGAAGAUGUGAAGAAGAAUGCCUUAUUUGCACUGCAAAAGAUGAUGAUCAACAACUGGGAGUACUUGGCAAAGUCAUAG